CCGGACCGUCCCGCCCGCCCCAUCAACCAACGACCGCCAAGCAACACCUCCAGAUUAUUUACAUGCCUGCCACUAUUUCCUUCACUUUGACUUUGCUUUGGAUUGCGUGUUUUGACAGCUGAAUCUAAGCGGCUUGAAGAGAGCCAAGAAUGUCAAAUUUGACGAGGGCUUCCACUUUGUACAGAAGCCUCACGACGGCACAAUUCUCUUUACCAUCUUCCCGGAGUCUGCUCAGCCGCCCUUCACAAUAUAUAUCUUUAUCUUCACGUCGUACUACAUCCUCUCAGGCAUCAGGCACGGCCAAGGAGCCUUUCAAACCAGGGGCAAUAAUUUGUGGUCAGUCGGGGCGCACAUACAGUAUUCAAGAGGUGCUCACUGAGAGACGGAAGCCGAUGUUAUGUGUUUAUCGUGCAAGGUAUGAUCGCCUUGCUAACAGGCUCACGUUCGAGUGCUUGUCACUAAUGGGAAUUAGCGCUGAAGGGAAGAACUUCAUUGUCAAAAAUAUGAUACCUUGGGAAUACGAAUAUCAACAAGACUUGCAAAAAUCCUUAUCCUCGUCCCCUCACCUGCGAACAGUUAUAGAUGGUCUACCCAGUCCCGAAAUAUUCAUCUAUCCUUUUCUACAAACUGAUUUCCUUCAAUUCUCGCAGAAGAAUCUGUCUGAUGCGAUCAGGAAGGCUAUGCUUAAAAACGCUCUUGCGGGCCUGGCUGAUAUGCAUGAUCGAAAUAUCAUUCACACAGGUAAUUCUUUCUCCAAAUCCUUUCAGAUUCAAGAUGAUUUGCUCUUGAGGUACCGAAGUUUCUAUAUAUCAUCUGACAGAAAGGGCAGAUAUAAAACCAAAUAACAUUCUCCUAGACUACGAAGAAACAGAUGGUAUAUUUUCCAUCAAAAAGAUCAAUAUUUCAGAUUUAGAGGAUUCGGUGAUUCUGCCCCCUGGGAAAUAUCUAAGAAAAGCACUCUGCGGCAACCAAAUGUGGAGAAGUCCCGAGUCCUGGGACCGAGCAGCCCAAGGCACCCCAUCAGAUAUCUUCUCCUUUGGUAUUGUGUCAAUCUAUGUAGCACUGAAAGACAUGGUGUUUCGUUGUACCGAAGAAGAGCUAGCGGCGGACGACUCGUGGAGGUACGUUCUCAAACGCUAUAUUUCUUUGUUUGCCAAUGAAGACGGGUUUAAGGGCUUGUUGCAAUGGAUUGGUGAGGAGAAUCCAUUUUUUGAACGGCUUAUUACGCUUGCUGCGAACUUCGAUAAGGAGGGAGAACCUCGAAGACCGUUUGAGUUGAGACAUUAUGUGGAUGCGGAGUUCCGUGAUCUUGUUGGGAGGAUGACGAGUUUGGAUCCUGCGAAGAGAAUUACUGCUAGAGAAGCGUUAGAACAACCUUGGUUCAAGGAGAGUGUGUGAGAGGGACGAUCGUGUUGAGAACUACUUGGAUAGAGAGGAUUGCGGGAUAACGAUGAACUGGAGUAAUGUGAACGAAGAAAGCGUCGAAGAGAGAAUGAAGUUUGUCCGCUCAACGACCGGGAUGAGAAGUUUCUAGGAUACUGUUGAGAGCAAUUAUGAUAUGGAAUGAUUGGAAGCUGAAAAAGGAACGAGAAAUGCAAUAAGUUCUCACAAUCCUACUGCUUAUCGAGCUGUCUGGAUUGGUUCUAGCAGCAGGUGUGUAUCUUUGAACGAUAU